AUGAUACCCGAAUUAUCCGAUUAUACAGAAAGAGGAAUAGACUAUCACCCAGUUCUAACGGGCGAAGUUUUCUUGAAGAAAGGCAGUGUAGACACUACUACCACAUUCACCCGUUUUUGUGUUUGUCGCAGUGGUAUUAGAAAUUGCAGUGAUGGUGACAGUGAAAAUAACAAUAACAUUGAUAAUCCAACUGCAUUUGAUGGAAUAAGAAAGUCAUUAUUCAUUUAA